AUGCUCGACGUCGAUGGAUGCCGCACAGAGGACUCGAACCGUCGCCCACUCUCAGACUCAGUCUCGGACUCUUCCUCUCUCGCCAAUGCAGCGCCAAGCCACACCACAACGUCUGUCUCUCUCCACCAUCAUCACCCGCCAGUGCAGUCCAGCAGUGCAGCCAUUGAAUUACUCCCGCCGACCACAUCCACCAACACACCGCAAAAAAUGCCCAUCCCCGAAUCCCCCGCCUUCCUCGCAAGGAAGCCCACCGUGCCCGCGACCUUCGAGGGCGUCGACUACGACGACAACAAGGCGCUCAAGGCCGCGCAGGACGCCGUGCUGCGCGAGCAGUGGGUCAAGAGCAUGAUGGCGCGCAUCGUGCGCGACGAGCUCGGAAAGUGCUACUACCGCGAGGGGGUCAACCAUCUGCAGAACUGUGGCAAGUUGAGGGAGAGAUACCUUGAGCUGCUGAAGGAUGCAAAGGUCAAGGGGUACAUCUUCGAGAUGCAGAACGUGCUGCCCGGACAGUCGAAAUAG